AUGAUCGAAGUAGACCAACGCAAACCACAUGUCGCUCCUCCACCAGUACCGAUAAGUGGAAGAACUAAAUCGGAGAAGGAAGAAAAAACGGGAAGAACUUUAGAAUUGAACGGACAUGUUGGAUUUGAUUCUCUACCUCAUCAGUUAGUGAAAAAAUCAGUUGAAGCAGGUUUUCAAUUCAAUUUGAUGUGUGUUGGAGAGACCGGAAUGGGAAAAACAACUUUGAUUGAGUCUCUCUUCAAUAUGAAGUUAGAUUUUGAGCCAUGCAAUCAUGAGCUAAAAACUGUCGAGCUUCGCAGUAAAACAUAUGAUGUAUCUGAAGGCGGAAUUAGAGUAAAGUUAAGAUUGGUAGAGACUGCUGGUUUUGGAGACCAACUAGACAAAGAAAAAAGUGCCAGAGUAAUUGUUGAUAAUCUGGAACUACAAUUUGAGAAAUAUCUUCAAGAAGAACUUAAGGUUCGACGAAAUCUGUUCAGGUUUUUCGAUGAUUCUCGUAUUCAUGCAUGCUUGUAUUUCAUCUCGCCUACUGGUCAUGGACUGAAAGCACUUGACUUGGUCACCCUCCGUGAACUCGCAAAGCGUGUCAACGUUAUCCCUGUAAUUGCUAAGUCAGAUACAACCUGUAAAGAUGAAUUGAUGCGCUUCAAACAGAAGAUAAUGAGCGAGUUGCGUAAUCAUAAAAUUGAAAUUUAUCAGUUCCCCACGGAUGAUGAAACUGUUAGCCAAGUAAAUACUUCCAUGAAUGCAGCAUUACCUUUCGCUGUUGUUGGUAGUGGGGAUUUCAUUAAAAAAGAAAACGGAGUUUCAGUCAGAGCUCGAAAAUACCCGUGGGGAAUCGUUGAAGUGGAAAAUGAACAACAUUGUGAUUUUGUAAAACUUAGAGAAGCUUUAUUACGCACGAAUGUUGAUGCUAUGCGCGAAAGAACUCAUAAUGUUCUUUAUGAAAAUUACCGAAAAGAGAGACUCAGAUCAAUGCGGAUGGGGGAAGCUGAUUCUGGACCCAAAAUUAUUGAAGCUUUCACAGUGAAACAAAAGGAGUAUAAUGAUGACAUUGCUCGCCGUGAACAGAAGCUUCGUGAGGAUUAUCAAAAACGGCUAGAAUCUAAAGAAGCCGAAUUGCGUCAAAAGGAAGAGACGUUGAAUAUAAAACACCGCGAAAUAGAAGAUCAGAUGAAAUAUGAUCUCCAGCAUUUAGACACUGAGCUCAGGAACUUGAAUGAAGAGAAGGCUAGGCUUCUCGUCAAGGCAGCGAAGAAGCUGAAAAAAUAA